CCUCGGCGUCCCGCCCCCCUGGCAGUUCUGCGCACGCUCGGGAGCCAUAUUUGUGGCGGGUGCUUGGCCAUCCGGGUUGGUGCUUCUCCAGCUGAGUAAAGCGGCGCUGAUCUGCACCCCUCACUGUCUUCCUCCGGAGUUACAUAAAGUUCAGAAGCCAUGUCUCGAAGAUAUGACUCCAGGACCACAAUAUUUUCUCCAGAAGGUCGUUUGUACCAAGUGGAGUACGCCAUGGAAGCCAUUGGACAUGCGGGCACCUGUCUGGGGAUUUUAGCCAAUGAUGGAGUUCUUCUUGCAGCAGAGAGGCGCAACAUCCACAAACUUCUUGACGAAGUCUUUUUUUCUGAAAAAAUUUAUAAACUUAAUGAGGACAUGGCUUGCAGCGUGGCAGGCAUCACGUCUGAUGCUAACGUUCUGACUAAUGAACUAAGGCUCAUUGCCCAAAGGUAUUUAUUGCAGUACCAGGAGCCAAUUCCAUGUGAACAGUUGGUUACAGCAUUGUGCGAUAUCAAACAGGCUUAUACACAGUUUGGAGGAAAGCGCCCCUUUGGUGUUUCUUUGCUGUACAUUGGCUGGGAUAAGCACUAUGGCUUUCAGCUGUAUCAGAGUGACCCAAGUGGAAAUUACGGAGGAUGGAAAGCCACAUGUAUUGGAAACAACAGUGCUGCAGCUGUGUCAAUGUUGAAACAAGACUACAAAGAAGGAGAAAUGACUCUGAAGUCAGCACUUGCUCUUGCUAUCAAGGUGCUAAAUAAGACAAUGGAUGUCAGUAAGCUGUCAGCUGAGAAAGUGGAAAUCGCCACACUAACAAGAGAGAAUGGAAAGACCAUGAUCAGAGUCCUCAAGCAGAAGGAAGUAGAACAGUUGAUCAAAAAGCAUGAGGAGGAGGAAGCUAAAGCAGAGCGGGAGAAGAAGGAAAAAGAACAGAAGGAAAAGGACAAAUAGACAAAAUUGUGGAUUUUACAGCUCCGUAGAGGCUCCAAUUCAGUUAGAAGCUGUCCUGGCCUUCCACCCCGGAAAGAUUUUUUUGUUGUUUUUUCUUCUCAAACUUGCUCAUCGGGGAAAUAGGACAUUACAUACUGAAUUGGGUCCUUGUUGUUUCUGUCCAGUUGGAUGCUUUAUUGUAAUGAUGGACAUCUUUAUAGACAUCUUAAUCUCAACACAUAAUUUUUUGGAAUAAAACUUGGAAAGAUU